GUGAGUGAGACAUAUAUAAGCCGCGGCGGGAGGCUGGUUCCUCACAGUCUCACCACUCUCUCAACAGACAACAACAUGAAGUUCCUGAUUUUGUUCGGUUUGGUCGCGGUGUGCGCCGCCCGCCCACAAACCGCCCCGGUUGAGGAAGCAGUUGCUGCAGACCCUGCCCCUGAAGCGCCCCUCGUCGCUGAAGUCCCUGUCGAUGCUCCAGUGGAAGUCCCUGCAGAAGUCGCCGCUGACCCCGUCGUCAAUGCCGUCGACCCUGUCGUCAGCGUUGAUCCCCAGUUCGCGUCCUUCAUCUUCCCCGGAGACGAGCCAGCCGUGGUGGCCGCCAAGAAGGCUCACUUCGAUGCUGUGAGGCUCGCCCUCGGCCGCCCAGCCCUUGUCUCCGUCGUGGCUGAGGAAGCUGCUAAUGUUGUAGAACCCGCCGCUGAAGCUGAGGUAGCCGCUGAAGUUGAAGCCGAAGCUGAACUCAAAGCCGCAGCUGAAGCUGAAGCCGGUGCUGAACUCGAAGCCGCAGCUGAAGCUGAAGCCGGUGCUGAACUCGAAGCCGCAGCUGAAGCUGAAGCCGGUGCUGAACUCGAAGCCGCUGCUGAAGCUGAAGCCGCUGCUGAAAUCGAAGCCGGUGUUGAAGCUGAAGCUGCUGCUGAACUCGAAGCCGCUGCUGAAGCUGAAGCCGCUGCGGAAAUCGAAGCCGGUGUUGAAGCUGAAGCCGCUGCUGAACUCGAAGCCGGAGCUGAAGCUGAAGCCGCUGCGGAAAUCGAAGCUGAAGCCGGAGCUGAAGCUGAAGCUGGCGCAGAGGCUGAAGCUGCCGAGGCUGAAGCUGCCGAGGCUGAAGCUACCGAGGUUGAAGCAGCAGAGGCUGAAGCUGCAGAGGCUGAAGCUGCAGAGGCUGAAGCAGGUGCUGAAGCUGAGGCUGAGGCUGGAGCUGCGUAAGGAGACUAUAAUCUAAGUCUGUAGAUAUGUAGAUAUCUUAUCAUAUAUACCAGUCGCAAUGUCCUGUUUGUAAUCAAUUAAAUAUCAAUAAAUUUAAUUUAUGUG